GCGGCGGGUCCGGGUCCAUAGGCAGGCGCGGCGGCUGGCGGGGCAUGGUGGGACGGAUUGAGCCAGGCCCGCCCGGGGCGCCAGGCUGGAGUAGGUGGCAGUGAGCUGCGGCCGAGGCUGCGGGGCGUGAUUUGGCUGAUCGAGGAAUUGGCAGGCGGCAGACGCACAGGAUGUUUGGAAUUUUGCUUCGCCUCGGGGGAGAAGUCCAUUUCAGUGGUGGCCCAUGGGUGUGUUCCCUGGCGUCUCCCUACCUGCACACCCCACCAGCUACGGAACAAUGGUAGCAGCAGAUACUUACUUAGUGUUACUGCAUUGGCAGGAGUGUCUCUGUAGGUGUCUGUAGGACAGACAGACAUCUGACCAGCGUUUCCGCUUCACCAUCCCUCCAAGUCAUUCAUCCAACAAGUAUUUAUUGAGUACUUCCAUGAGCCAGGAGCCAUGCGGGGCCGGCGGAGCCUGCUGCUGGGCCCAGCCCGCCUCUGCCUGCGCCUGCUUCUGCUCCUGGGCUAUAGGCGCCGCUGCCCACCUCUGCUCCGGGGCCUGGUACAGCGCUGGCGCUAUGGCAAAGUCUGCCUGCGCUCCCUGCUCUACAACUCCUUUGGGGGCAGUGACACCGCUGUCGACGCUGCCUUUGAGCCUGUCUACUGGCUGGUGGACAACGUGAUCCGCUGGUUUGGGGUGGUGUUCGUGGUGCUGGUGAUCGUGCUGACGGGCUCCAUUGUGGCCAUCGCCUACCUGUGUGUCCUGCCUCUCAUCCUCCGAACCUACUCAGUGCCGCGACUCUGCUGGCAUUUCUUCUACAGUCACUGGAAUCUGAUCCUCAUCGUCUUCCACUAUUACCAGGCCAUCACCACCCCACCUGGGUACCCGCCCCAGGGCAGGAAUGAUAUUGCCUCAGUGUCCAUCUGUAAGAAGUGCAUUUACCCCAAGCCAGCUCGCACACACCACUGCAGCAUUUGUAAUAGGUGUGUGCUGAAGAUGGACCAUCACUGCCCCUGGCUAAACAACUGUGUGGGCCACUAUAAUCAUCGGUACUUCUUCUCUUUCUGCUUUUUCAUGACUCUGGGCUGCGUCUACUGCAGUUAUGGAAGCUGGGACCUUUUCCGGGAGGCUUAUGCUGCCAUUGAGAAAAUGAAACAGCUCGACAAGAACAAACUACAGGCGGUUGCCAACCAGACUUACCACCAGACUCCGCCACCCACCUUCUCCUUUCGAGAGAGGAUGACUCACAAGAGUCUCGUCUACCUCUGGUUCCUGUGCAGUUCCGUGGCACUUGCCUUGGGUGCCCUAACUAUAUGGCAUGCUGUUCUCAUCAGUCGAGGUGAGACCAGCAUUGAAAGGCACAUCAACAAGAAGGAGAGACGUCGGCUACAGGCCAAGGGCAGAGUAUUUAGGAACCCCUACAACUACGGCUGCUUGGACAACUGGAAAGUGUUCCUGGGUGUGGACACGGGAAGGCACUGGCUUACCCGGGUGCUGUUACCUUCCAGUCACCUGCCACAUGGGAACGGAAUGCUAUGGGAGCCCCCGCCCUGGGUGGCUGCUCACUCAGCCUCUGUGAUGGCAGUGUGAGCUGCCCUGUGUCAGCCUCCAUUGGAGCAUUCAUCUUGCUUCCUACGUUGACCUUGUCUCACGGGCCACCAAGGGCAGCGUUUCUUGGAAUCCUUGAUCAAAAAGAGCCAAUGGGCCUGCCUUAGCGUACCAGGCAGGGACACCUCCAGGACCAACCUUUUGGCCACUGCAGAAGCAAGACAGCAUGGAGAAGUCCUAGGAACGACACCCCUUUUACUCAGGCAAACAGAAACUCCAGCCCCACACCAGGGGUCAGGCAGCUAGCUACCUUGCGGUGCUGACCCUGACUGCCUCCAGGCUGCAGCGCUGGCCUCGGGCACCACCUCUUCCACUUGCUGUCUGAGAAAAUACCUGACUGGUACAGCUGAGAUUGUGGCUUUUCAACAGGGCACAUCACCAGGCCUGCCACUGGGAUCACUGCCGCUUCUCACGUUGCCGAAGGGAGCAAAUAAAGGUGUCUGGUUUGUAAA